AUGACCGACAACAUCCCGCUGCAGCCCGUCCGGCAGAAGAAGCGCAUGGACAGCAAGCACCGCGGAGGGUGCUGUGAGUGCUUAAGAUGCUGUGGGAGGAGAGACCCCAGGCCUCGGACUGUGUGGCUUGGGCACCCAGAGAAGAGAGACCAGAGGUACCCUCGCAAUGUCAUCAACAACCAGAAAUACAACUUUUUUACCUUUCUACCUGGGGUGUUGUUUAACCAGUUCAAGUACUUCUUCAACCUUUAUUUCUUGCUCUUGGCCUGCUCUCAGUUCGUGGUUGAGAUGAGGCUUGGUGCACUUUACACAUACUGGGUUCCUCUGGGGUUUGUGCUGGCUGUCACCGUGAUCCGCGAGGCGGCCGAGGAGAUCCGAUGCUACAUGAGGGACAAGGAAGUGAACUCGCAGAUCUACAGCAAGCUCACAGCCAGAGGGACUGUCAAGGUGAAGAGCUCUAACAUUCAAGUGGGUGACCUCAUCAUUGUUGAAAAGAACCAGAGGGUCCCUGCUGACAUGAUCUUCCUGAGGACGUCGGAGAAGAAUGGGUCCUGCUUCCUUCGCACGGACCAGCUGGACGGGGAGACGGACUGGAAGCUGCGGCUGCCUGUCACCUGCACCCAGCGCCUGCCCACGGCCUCUGACCUGCUGCAAAUCCGCUCCUACGUCUACGCAGAAGAGCCCAAUAUUGACAUACACAACUUCGUGGGGACCUUCACCAGGGAGGACAGUGACCCUCCAGUAAAUGAAAGCUUAAGCAUAGAAAACACCCUGUGGGCCAGCACAGUGAUUGCAUCAGGUACUGUGGUGGGAGUUGUGCUCUACACAGGAAGGGAGCUGCGCAGUGUGAUGAAUACUUCCAACCCAAGAAGUAAGAUUGGCCUCUUUGAUCUGGAGGUGAACUGUCUCACCAAGAUCCUGUUUGGGGCUCUGGUGGUGGUGUCCCUGGUCAUGGUGGCCCUUCAGCACUUUGCAGGCCGUUGGUACCUGCAGAUCAUCAGAUUCCUGCUGCUGUUCUCAAACAUCAUUCCUAUCAGUUUACGUGUGAAUCUGGACAUGGGGAAGAUUGUGUACAGCUGGGUGAUCCGCAGAGAUUCCAAAAUCCCUGGCACUGUGGUUCGGUCCAGCACCAUCCCUGAGCAGCUGGGGAGGAUUUCCUAUUUGCUUACAGACAAAACAGGGACUCUCACCCAGAACGAGAUGGUUUUCAAGAGACUCCACCUGGGCACGGUGGCAUACGGCCUGGACUCCAUGGACGAGGUGCAGAGCCACAUAUUCAGCAUUUACACACAGCAGCCUCAGGAGCCGCCGGCCGUGAAGGGGCUGUCCCUGGCCACCAAGGUGCGGCGCACCAUGAGCAGCCGCGUGCACGAGGCCGUCAAGGCCAUCGCGCUGUGCCACAACGUCACCCCCGUCUACGAGUCCAACGGCGUCACCGACCAGGCCGAGGCCGAGCGCCACUACGAGGACUCCUGCAGGGUGUACCAGACCUCCAGCCCCGACGAGGUGGCCCUGGUGCAGUGGACAGAGAGCGUGGGUUUGACUCUGGUGGGCAGAGACCAGUCCUCAGUGCAGCUGAGGAGCCCAGGGGGGCACAUCCUCAACUUCACCAUCCUGCAGAUCUUCCCCUUCACCUACGAGAGCAAGCGCAUGGGCAUCAUCGUCAGGGACGAGUCCUCGGGAGAGAUCACGUUCUACAUGAAGGGGGCAGAUGUGGUGAUGGCUGGCAUCGUGCAGUACAACGACUGGCUGGAGGAGGAGUGUGGUAACAUGGCUCGGGAAGGCCUGAGGGUUCUUGUCGUGGCCAAGAAGUCUCUGACAGAAGAGCAGUAUCAGGACUUUGAAGCACGCUACGUCCAGGCCAAGCUCAGCGUGCACGACCGCUCCCUCAAAGUGGCCACGGUGAUCGAGAGCCUGGAGAUGGAGAUGGAGCUGCUGUGCCUCACUGGGGUGGAGGAUCAGCUGCAGACGGACGUCAGGCCCACGCUGGAGACGCUGAGGAACGCUGGCAUUAAGGUGUGGAUGCUGACAGGGGAUAAGCUGGAGACAGCCACGUGUACAGCCAAGAAUGCUCAUCUGGUGACACGGACACAGGACAUCCAUAUUUUCAGACUAGUGACAAACCGAGGAGAAGCCCACCUGGAGCUGAACGCCUUCCGCCGCAAGCACGACUGUGCGCUGGUCAUCUCCGGGGACUCGCUGGAGGUGUGCCUGAAGUACUACGAGUACGAGUUCAUGGAGCUGGCGUGCCAGUGCCCCGCUGUCGUGUGCUGCCGCUGUGCCCCCACGCAGAAAGCCCAGAUCGUGCGGCUGCUGCAGGAGAGGACGGGCAAACUCACCUGUGCUGUGGGUGAUGGAGGGAAUGAUGUUAGCAUGAUUCAGGAGGCUGACUGUGGUGUUGGAGUUGAAGGAAAGGAAGGGAAGCAGGCAUCGCUGGCAGCUGAUUUCUCCAUCACUCAGUUCAAGCACCUGGGUCGUUUGCUCAUGGUCCAUGGAAGGAACAGCUACAAGAGGUCUGCAGCCCUCAGCCAGUUUGUGAUCCACAGGAGCCUCUGCAUCAGCACCAUGCAGGCUGUUUUCUCAUCAGUGUUUUACUUUGCUUCAGUUCCUCUCUACCAAGGCUUCCUCAUCAUUGGGUACUCCACAAUUUACACCAUGUUUCCUGUGUUUUCUCUUGUCCUGGACAAGGAUGUGAAAUCUGAAGUCGCAAUGUUGUACCCAGAGCUCUACAAAGAUCUUCUUAAGGGACGACCGUUGUCAUACAAAACGUUUUUAAUCUGGGUCUUGAUAAGCAUUUAUCAAGGUAGCAUCAUCAUGUAUGGAGCACUCCUCCUGUUUGAAUCCGAGUUUGUGCACAUUGUUGCCAUUUCCUUCACGUCCCUGAUUCUCACCGAGCUUCUGAUGGUGGCGCUGACGAUCCAGACGUGGCACUGGCUCAUGAUCGUGGCCGAGCUGCUCAGCCUCUCCUGCUACAUCGCCUCCCUGGUGUUCUUGCACGAGUUUAUUGAUGUUUACUUCAUUGCCACCUUGUCGUUCCUGUGGAAGGUCACUGUCAUCACCCUGGUGAGCUGCCUGCCCCUCUACGUCCUCAAGUACCUGAGACGGAGGUUUUCUCCCCCCAGCUACUCGAAGCUCACGUCCUAG